GUAUGCGUGCGCGUGCGCGUGCGCGUGAGACGGUACGUGUGUUUAUUUAUUUCUAAGCCAAGUGUUGUGUCUUUCAACCGGUGUGGGGAUCAAAACAGCGUCGAUCCAGAAUGAUCUGAAGUAAGAGAAGGUAGAGUGGGGCUGGGAUGGCGGUGUGUGCUCUAACUGUGCUUGACGGGCUCGGGGAGGAGGCCACGGCUUUGGGCGGCGUGGUUGUCCUGUUCCUGGCCGUGGUUCUUGCCUGGCUGUCUACCCACGUGGCCGACCGUGGAGAUCACAUUCUGGGGACCAUUCUCACCGUGGGCGCCCACGCCUCCCUCAUCGGCCUCGGGGGUCACGACAGCUACUCGAACCCCCCGCCCAGCUCAGAGGCCAGCGAGCAGCCGGACGAAGAGCCCGCAGAGGAGGAGAAACAGGAAGAGGGCGAAGCCCGGCCGGAUGGAGGAGAGGACGUGCCUGGAGAGGAGCUGCUGGAUAUUCAGGGUGGGAGGAAGAAAGUGAGCUAUGUUCAGGGUGAUGAAAGUGAAGAGGGGAAGGAGGAAGGGACAGAAGAGGAGGCAGAGGAUGAGGCUGCCAGUAUCACGGUGAGACUGAAGUUUCUGAAUGACACGGAGGAGCUGGCAGUACUCAGACCGCAGGACACCAUUGGACUGCUAAAGAGUAAGUACUUCUCCGGCCGUGAACAUCAGAUAAAGCUCAUCUACCAAGGCCAACUGUUGCAGGAUCCUCAGCGCUCUCUCCUGUCCCUCAACAUCACCCACAACAGUGUCCUCCACUGUCACAUCUCCCAAGCCCAGGCACUACGCGAGGCGGCCGCAGAGGAGAGCCCUCGAGCCGGGAGGGGCUCCAUACUCAGCGGGGGGCUGCGCUCGGCCGGCGUAGCUCUCAGCACAGGAAGCCUGGUGAUCCCCGUGUUUGUGGUGCUGCUCGCCGUCGUCUGGUACUUCCGAAUCAACUACCGUCAGCUGUUCACUGCCCCGGCCACCAUCUCUUUGGUUGGGGUCACGGUCUUCUUUAGCUUCCUCAUCUUCGGCAUGCACAGUCGAUGAGAAGACGGACGAAGAGGGGAACGAUGCCAAUAUUAGGGAAGAAGAAAAACGGACGUGAAAAUAAUCAGUGGUAGCUGAGAAAGUUCUCAGGGAGCCCUCGAGGGUUCUGGUGCCAUUUAGACGACUGAAGUCGUGCGUGUGGUGAGAGUGUGUGCGCUAGUGCUUUCAGCUUCAUUUGUGAGCAGCGCAAAGUAACACUGCUGUAUAAUUAAGCUUCUUGGGAAAAAAUAAUAGCUUUAUAAUUAUUUAAUCUCAGCCUGAAGUGUAGCUUCUCUGUGUAAAGAGAAGCCAGGAUCCCACGUCUGACUGGUCUUUUCAUUUAGAGGAAUCGCAAUUUGUGUCGACUGAUUGGUUUUUAUCAAUUAAUGUGUCUCUUCCUUACUGGUAAUACACCACUAUUUUCUGUAGUAGCAUACAAUGUCAUAUGUUCGGAUCUUAAUACACAAAUAACAGAUGUGAUGUGCUAGUUAGCAGAUACAUUGAGACAUCAAUUUACUCAAACUUGUUUUUUGAUGUUUGUAAUUGAAGGAUUUUGUUUUUCUUUGGCCAGUGUCACUGUAUUUAUUUCUACAUAACAGUCUGGUUUAGCAUGUCUGCUGCUAGUUACAGGUUAUAGGUAUCAUUUAGGACAUAAGAGUUUUAUACAUGAAGAUUUUACAUGCAAACACACAGGAGUGUCUGGACCGCUAUAGUCUGUAGAGCAAUCACUGCAUUAAUAGGCAUUUCAUAUGUGACGCCGAUAACAAAGCAAAUAAAUUUUUGUCCUGUGUAAAAUCUGUAUAUAAGCAAUGUUUACUGUAGAUAAAUCAAGAGGGACGUGGAGGAACCUUAAAGCUCUCUGAAAGUUUGAUGGUUCUUGUAUGAAUGGGUCACUUUUCUCAGUAUUGUCAGCAAUAUCUGCAUAUGUUUUAGGGGAAAACUAGUCUACCUAUUUUCACUCUCGCUAUAACAGACUAUUAGCACCUCUUUAAAUAAAAUGCUUUUGGUUUUGCCUUGAUGCAGUAAUUCAGAAUAAAAUCGCUCAUCUUUGAAAAGUUA